GCAAAAGAUUAAAUUGAAUGGUGAAUUUUAUGGAAUAGGAUUAAGAGAGAUGAGAUUGAUGAAGGAUUGGGAUUGGCUUUUUGGAAGGGAAAACAAUAUAGGAAAAAAAUAUGAUAAUAAAAUGUUUCCUGCAUUACUGGAAUUUACUAUGAAUAGUGGUAUAAAUUCUGAGAAUAAAGAAG